AAUAAUGGAUUUUGUUUUAUUCCAUCUGGUCAACUUGAUUCAUUGUGACGCGUUUUGGAUGCAAUUUGCGCAAUGCUGAAAAUAUUAGAAGUUUUAUGUUUGUUCCCAUAGCUUUACGGUACUAAUGGCAAAAUUCUGCUGCUGUUAAAUAUGUGUGGAUUGAUAUAUUCGAGUGCAAAAUCCAGAAACAUUGUUUUAACAAGAGCGAAAGAAAUUACUCAGCAGCGAAAGGCAGAUGACGUUGCCUUGAAAGUUGUGCCAUAGCCCAAAAGAUCGGAAUAGAGUUUUUAUCUGUUCAUGAUAAGCAGGAUUAUCAGCAGAUAAGUGAGACAACAAAAAUGCCUUGUGAAGGUUGCAAUGUCCAGUUUGGAAUAAUCACUAGAAAAAAGUCCUGCUUCGAGUGCCGGCGUUUGUUCUGCAAAAAUUGCUUGGAGAAGCGGCAGGAAAAAAUUCUUUGCCCGAAUUGUUUGAUUUUUACUAAGCGACCCCUGUCGAAGGUCGAUCUGGGCCAGCUAAAAAAUAAGGAUUUGAUUUUGUAUCUUCAGUCGAAACACAUCUCGACAACGGGUUGCGUGGAAAAGGAUGACCUUAUCAACUUGGUGAUUGCGCACGUUAACUCAGCCGCAAAUAGUCCCCGAAGUCCUGCCGGAAGCACCGGCAGCGCCGGCAAUGGAAGGAUGUUUAAUUUCAGCUCUCCGUCGUCUACCGGCGGGAGCAGCGGAAACGGCAGAGGUGGGAGUCAGUCGGGGUCAUCUUCCAGGAAUUUUUAUGCAUCCAGUGCGGAAAAUUGUGCAAACACGUUCGAUCAAAUAAAGAAUACUUGCCAGAAUCUAUUCUCGUCCAUUUCGGAUAAGUUGAGUACCGACAUUCCUAGAACAACAAACUUUGGACCACGAUUUUCCAAUUCCUCCACCGAGGAAAAUUUGAGGCCUCGUGCUCAACCAGAAGGAAGUGUUCAUCAGCAGCCUCGUUUCGGUAAUAAUGAUGUGUACUGGGUUCAUGAGCAGCAAGCGGCUCAAAGCGCAAAUCGAUCGAGUCAGGCAUCGCAACCAGUUGGUGGUGCUGUGGGAGUUGUGCCAAAUGAGAAAACCUUUUCAACACUAAAUGAUUUCAGUGGCAGUAGCGGGACAACAAGCGGUGCUGACUCCAGUGCUAAUACAUCGUCUGUUUCUUCUCCGGCUCACACAGAUUCAAUUUCCGGUGUGAAACCAAAACUUUCUCUCAGCGAAAGGAUAGACAAUAUGCUAGCGUCGGAAGAGAACCAAAAUGACUGUGAAUGUUCGGAUGAUGAAGCCGAUGAGCUGGAUGCCCCGCGUCGAAAAGAAUGCAAGAAAGCUGGAUCAAAUGAUAAUAUACUUUCGGGGGCCGGGAGUAGCCAACCUGUAAUCGUAACGCAAUUGCGCAUUCCGGAAUCUAAAACUGAUACCUCAUCUUCUUCCUUCGACGAACUGAACCCAGAAUGUGAUCAAAAUGAAUCCCUUCCAGAAGUAGAAACGAGCGCUCUAACAGAUACGGAACCAUGGCAGCUAAUUAAUAAUCCGGAUUGCUCAGAUACACAAGAAGCCAGUGCGCCUACUUUACCGACUACCACAACGGCUACAAUGACCGAAACGACUGAUAGUUCUAGUGAUUUAAAUUCUUCGGACAAAAUAAUUCAAACACCAGCAAGCAGUGAUCCCGUGCCGAAUCAAGUUGCGAGAAGGCGUUCGGACAGCUUCCUAAUGAUGGUACCUCAUGGCGAUAGCAUAGUAACCGCACGAUCAAUGGAUCCAGAGGAAAUAAUAACCCAGUCUAGUCAAUCAACUUCCACUAACACUAACAAGUGCUUUAAAUGCGGUAAACGGCGUAGCGGAAUUCGAAAGCAGCUGAAAAAGAUACGUAAGCUGCUUGAUACGGCAUCGGUAUCGGAGGCUGACAAACGUUGUCAGUUGGAAGCAUUCCUCAGUUAUCUGGAACGGAGAAGUAAAGGAUCGAUCGAGCUUUCUGAAGGUGAAUCGAUGAGUGAAGACGCGAGCAUUAGCUUGGCCGAGGGUGAUACAGGAAUAGCCGCAGGAUUUGCGAUGCCGUCCGUUGAUCCGAACGACCAGAGCCGACAACAAACGCUGAACUAUCCGAGGGUCGACGCGGAUGACACUGCGGAGAAAACUAAUGUGUAUUCGUCGGGCAACCAGCAGUUGGCCAGUAUGAGCCUGAUUCAACUUAGCGAUAUCAAAGAAAGCGCUGAUCUGGACGUAUUAUCGGUGAAGCAACUUAAAAAAAUCCUCGUGCUGAACCGAGUCGACUUCAAAGGCUGUUGUGAAAAGGCAGAGCUACGCGAGCGUGUAUUGAGGCUGUGGUUCGACUACAAAUCUAUUGCGUCACCCGAGAGACUUGCCGCUGACGAUUUGUGCCGUAUCUGCAUGGACGCCCCAAUCAAUUGUGUGAUAUUGGAAUGUGGCCACAUGGCUACGUGCAUCAACUGCGGGAAGGUGCUCAGCGAAUGCCCAAUUUGUCGCCAGUACAUCGUUCGAGUUGUGCGGUCGUUCAAAGUGUAACUGGAAGUGAGGUGCGGGUUGUUUAGGCGAUACAUGUGAGAAUGAUUGACUUUUGCUCAUGCCACAUCGAAUGAGUCCUUUAAACAAAAACCAAUUUAGGCAAGCGGUUUGGAACAAUGUGAUUUAAUUUUAGUGUGUUUGAAUCGAAAACAAUACAAUAAGCAAGAAAUGCGGUUUUAGGGAUACUAAAUGGGUUUAAAUUGCAACCCGACUAUAAUUCAAUAGAUAACCAACCAACGUACUCGUUUAGAUACAUUCCUUCGGUCAAGUUGAAGGAAUCUAAAGCAGUGUAUAUACCUAAGUAUGUGUAGCGAUAUGUGAGUUGUAAAUUCUUCAAAGUUUACUGGUUCUAAUCUAUGCUAUUUGUUAAAGAGUUGUUUUUAUAUUAUUUUAUAACCUGUUUCCUGGCGAUGCACAUAAACUGACCUAUAAAUAAUGCUAAUAGUCUAUAGAUUGCUAACUUACUCAACAAUGUUGGUACACGGUACAAUACAGGAGAAUAGAAAAGUUCUUUCCUAAUUUAGUUGAAGUUUCAGAAGCCAGAUUAAAUCAAAGUUGAAAUUAUAUAAAGUGAUUCAAAAUUUAUUUCGCCAGGAUAAAUUUAUGCUAAA